ACUCUGGAAAGGUAUGGUGGACACUAAGUCGUUCCCGCAGUGGGCUAACUAUGUUCUCGGUGGUACUGCCGGUGUGCUGGCUACUACUUGCGUGCAGCCUAUGGAUCUGGUGAAGACCCGUAUGCAGCUUAGUGGUGAAGGUACGUCGGAGAAGCUGUACAGCAGCAGCUUCGAUGCUCUCGUGAAGAUCACCAAGCAGGAGGGUUUCUUUAAGCUGUACAAGGGUUACACUUCGGGCGUUCUUCGUCAGAUCACGUACACUACCACUCGUCUUGGAGUGUUUACCAACUGCAUGAACUGGGUGCGUGCCCGCAACAAUGGAGAAAACCCCAACUUCCUCCAGAAGAUGGCUUGCGGUAUGAUCGGAGGUGCCUGCGGUGCUGUCGUGGGAAAUCCCGCAGAGGUUUCUCUGAUCCGUUGCAGUGCCGAUAACCGUCUGCCCCCCGAGCAGCGCCGUGGCUACACCAACUGCUUCCAGGCCAUCUACCGCAUCGUCAAGGAAGAGGGCUUGAAGACUUUGUGGAAGGGUACUUCGGCCACCGUGGUGCGUGCCGUGGUGUUGAACCCUGCGCAGCUGGGAGGCUACGCGCAGGCCAAGGAGCUGUACUAUGAGAAAUGGCACUUGUUCAAGACCGACGGUUUCGGUCUGUACGUCGCGUCGUCUCUGACCUCCGGUCUGUUCUGCAGUUUCGUGUCUCUGCCCGUGGAUAUUGUGAAGACCCGACUGCAGAUGGCCAAGCCCGGUGAAUACGCGGGAGCGUUCGACUGUCUGAAGGUGCUGAUGAAGAACGAGGGAGUUUUUGCUCUGUGGAAGGGAUUCACGCCUUACUUCCUUCGUAUCGGACCCCACACCAUCUUCACUUUCCUUUUCUUGGAGCAGCUGAACAAGCUCUUCGCCAAGUACUACAUGAAGCAAUAAGUAGUGUCACUGAGUAUCCGUAAUU